UUGAUUGUAUUGAACGGAUUUUAUUGUAUGUUUAAAUGACACUUACUAUCGAGCGGCGAUGUUUUGUAUUGAUAUAAAUGAUGCUUAAAAUGAGAAAAUACCGACUGCAGAAUAUAAAACCUAUUCCAUCUAUUGAUACGUGGUUCUCGUUUAUGUAUCGCUGGUAACAUGUGGCGCACAAUUAUUAUACAGUAACACUGAAAACCGCGUGUUAUUUAGAAAACAAUAAAUAGUUUGUAAUUUAUUACAAAACAAGCCAGGUAGAACGCACGGUGCAGUAUAACGUUGUUUGUGAGCUAUUUGUUCGAUGUUCAAAAGAACGGGGAAUGAUUUUCAAAGUGAUUCUGGCGUGAGCGGGUGAAGAAUUGUGGCGACGGUCGGUAGAGAACUUUAUGGCCGCCCCCUGUCCGCCUCGCAACGAACUGCAGCUUCUGUGUGACCAAGCGUCCCACCAACACAGACUUACGUGCGCUCAGCAAUCGUCUGUUAUCGAACAGUGCCUUAAUCGAUUCGGAAAAGUUUUCUAUGAAGGAUCGUUGUUUAAGAUAUGCUUCGUUGGAUCACAUUACUGUGACGCCAAUGUUAACGUAUUAAUCAGUAAAAAGCUGAUAGAUCUCUCAUCGCUCAAUAAAACAAUAGACGGUUCACAGCAGACAACUGAGCGGUUGAACAUAUCAACAGCAUACCAUGUAACUAUAUCGCCUGCUGGAACUUUGACGCCAUCAAUAGCAACGAUUCAGACGAGUGGCGUUGUUAGCGUUACUACUACUACGUCAUCAGUGACGUUAUAUUCAAGCGUCCCAACGACAUCGAUGGCCGGGGACACGGUGGAUGGAUCCCCUAACGAGGUGUCCUAUGUUUACCCCAUCAUUGGCUGCAUAUGCAUAGCAAUUGAGGUCAUCAUUCUAUGCGGCUAUUUUUGCUACGAGAAAAAGCGAGGGGUUCAGUAUGAGAAGCAACGUCGCCCGUCUGUGGAAUCCGGUGCUCGUGAGGAGGUUAUAACGGCACAGACGGCCAGCCCACAGAAGGCAGCGGCACCACGUGCAAGCCACGUGCCAACGGAAGAGGAAGUGGUUCAGCAGGACAAGGAUAUAUUCCACAGUUACUGGAACCUCCGUUAUAUCGACGACGUAUCCGCCGUGUGCACUCCGGAUAAACACCUUAUUCAGAACACUCAGUCGUAGUGCUUCCGGUUGUGCACACGAUUUUUUUUACCGCUUCCUGCUGCGUAACUAUUUAAAGAAUUUGCCGGUUUGCACACAUAUUUACAGUGCUCCCGGUUGUGCGCACAUUUAUGUAAGCGCUUCUGGAUGUGCAACUUACAGAUUCACGUGCAUUAACAGUGCUUCCGGUUGCGCGCAUAUCUAAUUCAGCGGUGUGUUUCACGAUCGUCGUGCUGAUAUGGAUCGCUAGAAUUGGCCACAAUAUCGAAACUGUAGUGCUUUAAUGAGAUUACAUAGUGUUCAUGUUAACCGGCUUCUGGGAUCAUGGUAUCAUUUCAGAGCAAUUGUUUGAUCAUAGGCCAUCGCUAUUAGAUGUUUGUUUACAGUGGCCUGGCACUGAAAUUUUCAGUGUGUCUUUAAAGAGUACUGAAUUUUAACCUUAGGUAUUCGACUCACACAUUUAUGUGUAAUGAUUGGAUAAGAUGAAGAAGUAUCGACCAAUACGAAAAUUGUUAAUGUCCGGUCAGGGGCGUAGCUAGCCCUCUAUUCAUAAUUGUGCUGGGGGGGGGGGGGGGGGGGGGGGGUCUGGGGGCAUGUCCCCUCCUGAAUUUUAUGAAAACAAUGGUGCAAUAUUGUGCAUUCUGGGCGUUCUGAGGUGCGUUAUUUAGUACUGGUAAAUGGACAGUUUUAGGAUAAUAAAUAAACCCUUUACUCGGCCUUUUUUUGAUAAAUAGCAAACAAAUAAGCUCUUAUUAUGUUGUUAAUAACACUCAGAUUGUCUUACAGAAGUCUAAUUUUCGGUCUUUUAUAUCAUUAAACUGUAAAAUUAAAUUUUUAAUGUCAAUGUCCAUAUAUCUGUAACAGCAUGUAUAGUCAAAAGUACGAAUACUGUAACUUUGGCUGUUUUUUAUUAUUUUUUUGGUCAGAAUCAUGUGGAUUCACCCGCGCGUAUAGGCGGCUACGCGCCUGCCUCUGACGUCAUAUGGGUUCGGUAGGAAGGAAAUUGCUUGCUGAUGUAUAAUAGAUGAAAUUAUUGCAGCUCAUAAUUUUGUCCUUAUUUCAAACGAAGCCUAAUUUUAAAUAAAUCAAGGCCAGCACAUAAAACCCUUUCAAAUAAUACCAAAUCAAUAUGUAGUAAACCAGACAUUGAACAUUUACACAUAUGCGUUUCGGGUACCCUUAAAGAGAACAGCUUUGCGUGCCUUACUGGCGCCACUGGAAACAAACACUUAGUACGAAUGUCCUGAGUCGUUUACUGAGCUCUUUUCAUAGCUAAUUUGUGUCUGUUACUGGAAUGUGACAUCAUGAAUGAAUAUCUGACGUUUCUUGGGGAUAAGCUUAUAACACACAUGGAUUGGUUAAAAAAGACAAUAUACAUUUGAAUGUUGUUGUUUUUACGUACAUCAUCGGUUCUGAUCAUAAAAUGUUUUAAUUAAUGUACAAUGCAACAUAUCAUACAAUAUGCUAAACAUUUUUCAUACGAUAUAUAUAUUAUAUAUAAUGGAAAUGUAUUGCCUCACAAGUCUUGCUGUUCAAGUAACCGAUUGCUUUACCAUAUAUGGAUGUACUAGUAUGUGUGGCUUCUAUUUAUCUUAUUAUGUUGUUGUCAUGGUAUAGUAGUAUCUUAAUUCAAAAUAUAACAAUACAGCAGUAGUUUUUA